AGAGCUGCAUAAUAGAAGUAAUAAAAGUCUCAUAAAUAUUGAAUAUUUUGAGAUGAUAGUUAUUAUAGACAAAUCCUUAUUGUUUAAGGUGUCACUAUUAAUGUUUAAGAUACCAGUGGAAAUGAAUAUUACAUGGCACUUGAUCGAGAUUUUUUUAUUCACGUAAACCAGAAGUUUAUUGAACUAAUUUUUUUUAUUUUAAACAUAACCAAUUAAAUUAUCACGAUUUAGUUUGUGAUGUGAAAAAAAAAACAUUAAGAACUCAAGUGAGUACUAUUUGAAGGACUAGAAGUUUCUGUUAUUACUAGGACCAGAAGAUCCUAUAGUCUUGUUCUCAUUAGAAGAUUAUUAUGAGAUUAUUACUAAUGAAACUUGAGAUUCAUUUCAUACAUAUUUAGAAAUUGUUCAAGGAUAAUUGAUUGGGCCCAUCAACUAUUCGUGAUGACAAUUUAUAUGUUUUAUAUAAUGCAUCGUUAUAUUUGUCAUAUUUGUUGACAAUUAAUUCGUAAUCCGGAGUUUAUGAUAUUUGUCCAUAUAUUAUAUUAUGGACACAUUUUAUAGGUUAUGUUGAACAUCAUUAGUCACAAAAGAGCCUGCAGUUCUAGUUAAUAUGCAAAGUGCAUCGAAUUAGUGGCUAUACUUUGAUUAUGAGAACAAAUCAUUUUAUACUAGAUUUUGAAUCUUCAUUUAUGUGGUAAUCAUUUGGAGCGGAUGCUUAAUGGGCUUAAAUUAAGAUAAAUUAUCAAGAUACCACAAUGGUAGGUAGACACUGAGGGAAGGUUUUUGAAGGAGUUGAAUGGAAGAUAAAUUCCAUGACAUAUGCGAGAUUACAUAUAUUCUUCAAUUAAAGAAGAUGUGAACCUGAAGUUCAAGAAAGAAGAUUGUACUAAGAUAUUGCAAAUAAAGUGCUCAUUAUGAAUUUUAUGUGUCAAUUGUAAACACUUUGGUUAGAAGUGAAUUCUUGGUAUUUUCUCAACCAUAAAAAAAUGGUCUUAUUAUAAGGAACAUGUAGUUCCAACAUAUGAGAACCUGAAGUUCUCCUUCACAUUCGAAUCGAUUCAAUGGAAUUAGACCGUUAGAUUCAAAUUUGAAAUCCCCCGAUAAAUCUUCUCGUCUUCUUCCUAUCUCUACCAAUAAGAAAAACCCAAGAAAGUUGAGUUCUUGCCACCGUUUCCGAUUCACCGGAAGCCAUGAAAAACACCCCAACAACGCCGACAUCAUCAUCGACCACCGUGGAAUCUGAGGCCAGAGAGAGCUGUUAUUUCCCGGGAUGUAGGAAGGACGCCAACUGCAACUGCCGCAUAUGCAUCGCCAGCAUGAGCGCCGCCUUCGAUUUGAUGACGGAAAACGUCCAGAGAAGCACUCUCACUAAGCUCUCCGCCGUGAAAAGCCGCCACCUCCCGAGAAGCCCUGUUCGGUUCAACUCUUCCAGCUUUUCAACUCCCGAUUCCUGUUCGGGUAAAUCCGGGUCCUUUUCCUUGGAAUUGGAUCCGGGUUCCGGGUUGAGAGUUCAUGAUACAAAGAAGAUGAAGGAGAAGAGUCUAGGGUUUGGGCUUCUGAUGAUGAGGCUUCUGUUUGGAUUGGGAUUGGUUCUCUGGUUUGAAUUUGGGGUUUCUCCGGUGCUUUUUGGGAUCUUGGGUCCUGAAUUUUUGCCCGAAGUCGUUACGAAUCUGGGAGAAAAAUCUCUGGGCUUUAAUGACUUCAAGGAAAGAUUGAAUUUUUUAAAGAAUGAAAUGCAAAGCUUGGUUGAGGAAGAGGUAUCAAAUUGCAGCUCUGCUAAUUCCAUGUGGAAGGUUGAUCAGGAUGGGCUGAUUUUGAAUUCAAGAUGUACCUUGUACAAGUCCCUCACUGAGGAAGUGGCCAUUUGGGGAUGGCCACUUCAGACUGCUGGAUUUCUCACAGCAGCAUAUUGCUCAAGAUCUUUCACUCUCUUAUCAGGAAGAUUGACAGAGUGGAAGAAUGGAGAAAUGGGGUAUUCGAUUCGAAGCGUUAACAGUUCGUGGACACAAGGAAGAUGGAGUUCAUCAGCAGUUCAGCUGGAUCCCAACACAUGGAUUCUGGAAUACAGUGAGUUCCCUAUAAGGGAAAAUACAAAACUGGUUUCUGCAUUUCUUGAAUUUCUCAAGUUCAAGAUUGCAAAAGUGUUGAAAAGGUUAGAAAGAAAGUUUUGGCUUUCGUCUGUCGUCCGGCGUAGCCAUGUCCAUGAUCUCGGAGCAGGGAGUUUCAGAGUCCCAACUUAGGCCUCAUGAGAAGCUUUUUCUUCUUCUUCUUCUUCUUCUUCUUUCUUUCAAUCUUUCUUUAGCAUUGAUUUUGGUAUGGUAUAAUUUGCAUAUAUGUUAAGUGCUUCAAGUUCAACAUGAAGUUGUAUGGUACAAAAGAGUAUUUUGGAAGCAUUGAAUGUGUGUGUGUAUAAGAGACAAAUGAUGUAUAGCUAGACAUUCUUUUGGUGUUAAUUGUAAUCAAUAUUUUCUUCGAUG